UGAUAGUUCGGGGAGGUGGAGGGGGCGGUUGUCGGUGGAAGAUGGCGGCCAGGCGCGCCACUGUGCCCUGCACCUCCACUCUGCCCCUGGCCGGUCGGAGGGUACUGGUGUGCAGCCCAGUUGACUCGGAUUGGUUUGUGUUUCCCCGGCAGGACUGUGACAAGAUGUCCGGAAGCGGCACGAUGAGGGAUCCCCCGGUCGGGACAAGUUCGGGGACGGCUGCAGGAGAGGAGUCCUCUGACAGCGAAGGGGAGCACGAGGGGCCCCAGAAACUCAUCCGAAAAGUCUCCACCUCCGGCCAGAUCCGCACCAAGACAAGUAUCAAAGAAGGAUUAUUACUGAAGCAAACCAGUUCAUUUCAAAGAUGGAAAAAACGCUAUUUUAAGCUUCGGGGCAGAACCCUGUACUAUGCCAAGGAUUCAAAGUCUCUGAUAUUUGAUGAGGUUGAUUUGUCAGAUGCAAGUGUCGCCGAGUCAAGUACAAAAAAUGUGAACAACAGCUUCACGAUCAUCACUCCUUUUAGAAGACUAAUAUUGUGUGCUGAGAACAGAAAAGAGAUGGAGGACUGGAUCAGCUCACUGAAGUCAGUGCAGUCCAGAGAGCAUUACGAGACCGCACAGUUUAAUGUGGAACAUUUCUCAGGAAUGCAUAACUGGUACGCCUGCUCCCACGCCCGACCUACCUUUUGUAAUGUGUGCAGAGAAAGCCUAUCAGGGGUCACCUCCCAUGGGUUGUCUUGUGAAGUAUGUAAAUUUAAAGCUCAUAAGAGAUGUGCUGUAAGAGCAACAAAUAACUGCAAAUGGACAACGCUGGCCUCCAUUGGGAAAGAUAUUAUUGAGGAUGAGGAUGGUAUAGCAAUGCCCCAUCAGUGGCUAGAGGGAAACCUUCCUGUUAGUGCCAAAUGUGCUGUUUGUGACAAAACCUGUGGCAGUGUCUUACGUCUACAGGAUUGGCGGUGCCUUUGGUGUAAAGCAAUGGUACAUACUGCUUGCAAGGACCAGUACCCUCGGAAGUGUCCACUCGGCCAAUGCAAGGUGUCUAUAAUACCUCCAACAGCACUUAACAGUAUAGAUUCUGAUGGGUUCUGGAAAGCGACCUGCCCACCCUCCUGUGCCAGUCCGCUGCUUGUAUUUGUUAAUUCCAAAAGUGGAGACAAUCAGGGUGUGAAAUUCCUCCGGCGGUUCAAACAGUUGCUUAAUCCUGCUCAGGUGUUUGACUUGAUGAACGGGGGACCUCAUUUAGGUUUACGAUUAUUUCAGAAGUUUGAUAAUUUCCGAAUUCUUGUGUGUGGGGGAGAUGGAAGUGUUGGCUGGGUUUUGUCUGAGAUAGAUAAAUUAAGCUUACAUAAACAGUGUCAGUUGGGUGUUCUUCCUCUGGGUACUGGAAAUGACUUGGCUCGGGUUCUCGGCUGGGGUGGCUCCUGUGAUGAUGAUACACAACUGCCUCAGAUUCUGGAAAAAUUGGAACGUGCAAGUACAAAGAUGCUGGACCGAUGGAGUAUAAUGUCAUAUGAGCUGAAAUUACCUUCAAAGGUAUCUAUUCUUCCUAUAUCUCCAGAAGAGGAGUCUGACGAGUUUCAGAUAUCUGCAUAUGAAGACUCAGUGGCAACCCAUCUGGCUAAGAUUCUGAAUUCAGACAAGCAUUCUGUAGUCAUAUCCUCUGCAAAGGUUUUGUGCGAGACAGUGAAAGACUUUGUUGCAAAGGUUGGGAAAACCUAUGAAAAGCCAAUGGAAAAUUCAGAGGAGGCAGAAGCAAUGGCAAUAAAGUGUUCGACACUGAAUGAGAAGCUUGAUCUGCUGCUUCAGACUCUCCAUGUAGAAGCGCAAGCUGCUCCAUUGUUGACGCACUUAACACCGCCAAUCGUUGAGGAAGAGGUGGAGGAGGAAUUCUCAAGUGAAGAUUCCCUAUCUGAGUGCAAGGAGCAUUUAGCAGACAGUAUUGCAAAGUCUUCCACACAAAAGCUCUUCAAACCACGAGAGCAGUUAAUGCUGCGAGCCAACAGCUUAAAAAAAGCAGUCAGGCAAAUCAUAGAACAAGCUGAAAAAGUGGUGGAUGAGCAAAAUGCACACACUGAGGAGCAAGAAAACCAGGCUGCAGAGGAGUACAGAAAAGAAUUAGAAGAUUCAAAAGAAGAAGAGAAGGACGAGGACACCAAGGAAUUUGUUUCAGGCAAAGCUGCUCCACGUUCUCCAGACAGACGUACUAAUCGAAGCAUGCACUCCCACACAGGUUCAUUCUCCAGCCCACCCUUGGCAUCUAGCAAAGAGAAUCUUCCGGUUUUAAACACACGAAUAAUCUGCCCAGGUCUGAGAGCUGGCUUGGCGGCUUCCAUUGCUGGCAGUUCCAUCAUCAACAAAAUGUUGUUGGCAAAUAUGGAUGCAAUUGGUGCUUCUCCUUUUAUUGACCCGGAUUCGGAUUCCUUAGAAGGCUAUUCAGAAAAAUGUGUCAUGAACAAUUACUUCGGUAUUGGUUUAGAUGCAAAGAUAUCCCUAGAAUUUAACAAUAAGCGAGAGGAACACCCUGAGAAGUGCAGAAGUAGAACCAAAAAUAUGAUGUGGUAUGGAGUACUUGGCACCAAAGAAUUACUGCAAAGAACUUACAAGAAUUUGGAGCAAAAGGUUCAACUUGAGUGUGAUGGGCAGUACAUCCCUCUACCCAGCCUCCAGGGUAUUGCAGUGUUAAACAUUCCUAGUUACGCUGGUGGCACUAAUUUCUGGGGUGGAACGAAAGAGGAUGAUAUAUUUGGUGCUCCCUCAUUUGAUGAUAAGAUUUUAGAAGUGGUGGCAGUAUUUGGGAGCAUGCAAAUGGCAGUUUCCAGGGUGAUCAAGCUCCAACAUCAUAGGAUAGCUCAGUGUCGGUCAGUGAAGAUCACUAUUCUCGGAGAGGAGGGUGUUCCUGUACAAGUAGAUGGUGAAGCAUGGAUUCAGCCCCCCGGGGUGAUUAAAAUUGUACACAAAAAUAGGGCUCAGAUGUUAACCAGAGACAGGGCCUUUGAAAACACUUUAAAGUCCUGGGAGGACAAGCAGAAGUAUGAUUCGUGUAAGCCUGCUCUACGUCCUCACUUGUACUCUCCGCAAGCUGUUGACCUAGCUACAGAGGAAGAGGUCGCCCUCAUUCAUCUGUGCUCACAGGCUGCUGAGGAACUUAUUACAAGAAUAUGCGAAGCUGCAAAAAUCCACAGUUUGUUGGAACAAGAGCUGGCUCAUGCAGUGAAUGCCUGCUCACAUGCACUAAACAAAGCCAAUCCUAGGUUUCCAGAGAAUCUCACUAGGAACACUGCCAUUGAAGUAGCAAUGAAUGUGAAGGCACUGCACAAUGAAACAGAGUCUCUCUUGGUUGGGAGAGUACCACUGCAGCUGGAAGUUCAUCAUGAAGAGCUUUUAUCCAAUGCACUGCAUGAUGUGGAAGUGGAGUUAACAAAGCUUGCAGAGAUCCCCUGGCUGUACUAUGUCUUGCAGCCAGAUGAGGAGGAGGAUCAUCCCAUGGAAUAUACUAAAAGAAACAGUAGAAGCACAGUAUUUCGUAUAGUGCCAAAGUUUAAAAAGGAGAAGGCUCAAAAACAUAAGACCAGCCCUCAGCCUGUUCACAAAUGGGGCACAGAUGAAGUGGCAGCAUGGCUGGAUCUGCUCAGUUUGGGAGAGUACAAAGAAAUCUUCAUCCGUCAUGACAUCCGAGGUUCAGAGCUAGUACAUCUGGAAAGGCGGGAUCUUAAGGAUCUUGGGAUUAUGAAAGUGGGUCAUAUGAAGCGAAUUCUACAGGGAAUUAAGGAACUCAGCAAAAAUGCAUCUUUAUCUGAUGUUUGAAGGCACAGGAGGUGUCCAUAAAUGGCACAAUGCUUGACCAGAGCUCCGAGUUGAUUUUAGAGGCACUGUGUGGUUUUAGUUUACAAUAUAAAUGUGGAAACCAGGAAGAUAAAGUUUGAGCAUUGUGCACUUCGCUAUUGUGUUAGCAAUUUGGUGC